ACCGAAUAAAACGUGAACAAUAUAAAGUUAUGAACUUUACUUCUUUCUGAUUUUCCUCUGAACAAUCAAAAAUAAAGUGUGAUUCCAAAGUGUGACGGUUAGAUCAACAUAAACUACUAAUAUCCUGUUUAACUGCUAUAGAACCAUCAGAGCAGCAGAUUCUAAAGUCUGGUCCAGAUAAGGAGCUCUACAGUGAGGCUGACCGUCCAUCAUAGCUGUCUAACCUGGACGCUCACAUCUCUGGAACCGUUGGAGCUCAUUUUUAAUCAGGUUCAUCUGGAUAAACUCACCACAGAUUUGAUGUUUUUAGAACGACUUUCUCACCUGAAAUCAUCUGAAAACUACAUUUUGUGUCACAAUAACAGUAGUAUUCCCAAAAUACUUGUGUUUCCUCUGAAAGUUUCCUCCUGGGUCUUUGCUGCUGGUCUAAAUGCAUUGUGGGUUAUUUGGCUCCAAGUCCACACUAGUCUGGUCUGAUGAUCCUCCAUAAUGUGGGCGGAGCCAGAACACAUCCAGGUAUUUCAUCUGUUCUUGAUCAGAUGCUACUUUGAACUGGAUCAGUACUUGGUCUCUGACUGAUGACGUUUUAGAAGAACACCAGAACUCAAGUACAGACCAGUACGGUCUAGUCCUGAUUGAUGAGCCAAAACACCAGCAGAGCAUUCUGGGAUUUGUAGUAAUAACAGUACAUGUGCUCUAUAAUACCAGCUCUAGUAGUCAUCUGGUUUUGCAUCACGGUCCAAAUAUAAUUACAUUGCAGGCCAGAGUUUGACACCUAUGAUUUAGAGCAUUUUCUUCAUGGUAUAAACCUGACAUUGUGUUGCAGGAGACGCUGCUAUUGGAGAGGCUGUCAUUGGCUUUUUUCUCUCUACAUGCAUGGAAAAGCUGCAGUCAGGGUUUGUGUCUUGUGUCUGUGGCAUCCUCACAAAUGUUGACUUUAUUUUAGGUGACAGGAAAGAUUUUUGAACACCGUGUUUCUAUGAUGUGUUGAUGCAUCACUGUGCUAACAAUGCAGUCUGACAACUAUUCCCUCACAUUCACACCUAGAGGCAGUGAAGACUCACUAAUAUUAACCUGCAUGUUAUUGUGUUGUGGGAGGAAGCCUGUUGUUUAUUGUUUGUGUGUUUUUUAUGUCUUCAGCAGCACACUCCAGCAUUCCAAGGCUUUUUGAAGGAGAUCCUGAGCAUUUAGUCCCCUCAGCCUCUCACUUUGUUGUGGAAAGUGAUGUGUUCCUCAUGCAGGGAGAAUAUUAGGCCACUCCUUUCUUCACGUGUCUUCAGGACUCAGCAGCACACUAUGUUUGACCAACGGACAACAGGCAGGUCAGCGUUGCAAUUGUGGGACUGUACCAGUUGGUGGCGGUAAUGCACCAAGAGGUUGUUUGCUAACCGCUAUUAAAACUCAAAAGAAGUCUAAUCGCCGUAGAGUUCAUGGCUGCCGGUCAAAGUGAAACGCUAGUUGUAUGUGAUGAACUCAGGACGUUUCAGCAGUCGUGGGAGGAAGAAUUUGCGUUUGUGGAGCUGCAGACAAACGUGGACAUGAUCAAACCUCUGGUGAAGGCAGCAUCCCGCCCCGGGUGUAGUGCAGAGCUCGGGGGCUUUGCUGGGCUGUUUGACCUGAAGGCUGCAGGAUUUGGGACAGAUGGAGUUGGGACCAAGCUGAAGAUGGUCCAGGCCUGCAGGCAGCUUGACGGUCUUGGUCAGGACCUGGUGGCCAUGUGUGUGAACGAUGUUCUCGCUCAGGCUGUCGAGCCGCUCUUCUUCCUCCGUGACUUUACCUGCAUCAGGCUGGACAUCGAUGUAGCCGCCUCAGUGGUCAGCGGCAUCGCAAAGGCCUGUGAGAAGGCUGGAUGUGCUCUGCUGGGUAACCAUUACCUGAGUCAUGUCAUGUUUAGUAUUUGCUAACACCUUUUUCCUAGAUAAUAAACACUUAAAUGUAUAUGUAGCUGUAGUAUCUGUCUGUGCCACCAGCUGGAGCCUUUUGCGGUUUAAUUUUGUAGCAACAAGGGCAGGUGGGUAGUUCCAUGCUGGCAACUAAAACCCACCUUGUUUCCACGUGUCCAUAAAUCUGUAUAAUAAGUGGACUACGCCCCCUGAUGUUCAACACAAGGGAUAAACCUAAGCACAGUUGUCUCAUCAGUUUUUACUGUCCAGUUGCAGGAUGUACAAAGAAAUACAAUAUAUGUAUGUUCUGUAAACUAACUACACUAUUUUAUGACGUCACAUUUACACAAUUUACUGUCAACAUAGUUAAACUGCUCAAUAGUAAUUAAUUUUUUCCACUUCCUGGUCCAACAGACAGCAGAGUUUUGCAAACAUGACAUUCCCAUCAGCCUUAUUUGUGUUUAGUGCUAAUUAUAAAAUGUUAGCAAGGUGUUAGCAUUCAGUUAAAGCACCACAGUGACUCAGUACAGAUUCAGAGCCUGUAGACUUUUAUUAGAUUACAUUCAACUUUCCUGACAUUGAACAGAAUACAGUGAAAUGCAGUUUAGCAGCAGCGUGUUUUAUAAAAAGCAGGGUGU